GAGUCACCAAUUAAGCACCAUUAAAACAUAAUCGUAGGUGGUUGUAGAUGCAUUGUUUUGUUGACCACCGAUAUUCUUAGUGUGUUUUAAAUUUCAUUUUUAAUCAAUUUUCAAACAGUCUGAAGAAGUUACUACCAUUGAUUUCGAUCCUUGAACGCGAUGGAUUUCGCGUUUAUUUUUUGUUUAUUAUUUGUUGGACUCAGCACAGCACAAUAUCUUCACGAGAAGAUAGACCAGGAUGCUUUUAGUGAUAGAAAGACUGUCGUGCGAUGGUGCACGGUGAAUCCGAGCGAGCAGAGGAAAUGCGAAGGUCUGUCAAGGGCCGUGGAAAUGGAUGGCAUUCGGAUUGGAUACACCACAUUCCAAAUGUCAUGCUACCAGGCAUUUACGAAAGCCGAAUGUCUGCAUUUGCUGGACGCUGGCAACGUAACGCUGACCUCUUUGGAUCCCGGCGAAGUGUUCAUUGGAGGAAGGUACAACAGUUUGUUACCCAUAUCUCAAGAGCUUACCGAAGGAGGUCUGAACGAGCACUAUUCGGUAGCCGUGAUAAAGAAGAACUCUCUUAAGCAUGUCCAGUCUAUGAGGGAUAUGCGAAAUUUGAAAGGAUGUUUCCCAGGUGUCGACACGAUGGCCGGAUGGACGUUACCCAUAUAUACUUUCAUGAAAGAAGGCGGAAUGGAGAUUUUGGAUUGCAACAAUCAUGUGAAAACUGCGACCGAAUUCUUCGGUCCCUCAUGCGCCGUGAACUCUCUUUCUGACAAGUACAACCCUAUUGGUGAUAAUUCUGAUAAACUGUGUUCCCUGUGCAUCGGUAAAGUGCCAGGUGGUAAAUGCACUGAUUCCGAUCCAUACGCCGGCUUUGAAGGUGCCUUUAAGUGUUUACUCGAAGUGGGAGAAGUGGCCUUCCUGAAACAUUACACUGUCAGAGAUAUGAUUAACACUGAUGAGUUCAGCGAUUUAAACAGAGAUGCUUUUGAGUUGCUCUGCAAGGAUGGGUCCAGAAGAUCGGUGGAUGAUUAUAGAUCUUGCCAUUGGGGUACAGUGCCCAAUAACGCUAUAGUGACGAGCUCCGCAGUUAAUUCUAAAAUCCGUAAGAAGUACCAGAAGUUCUUGGAGAAGUUGGCCAGUAUGUACGGCGUGACCGAUGGCAACCUACAAGAUGAUUUUGAGAGAUCUAGGAAUAAACGCCAGGUGUACAACGACUACAGGAAUAACUACAGCAACAAUAGGAACCAAAACGAUAAUAGGAACCAGAACGAUAACAGCAAUAGCAACAAUCCUUACGAACAAGGUCCUUUCUCAAGAGAUCCGCAUAUUAUUAACCGCGAUCAAUACGGCAUCAACAUUGAUCCAUACGAGGAUAGGACUACUUACAACAGGGAUCGCGAUGAUAACUAUAACGUGCCGAGUCACAAUCAAAACCAGUCUUAUUUCGAGAAGAGAUUUAAUUUGUUCGAAUCGUCUCCUAAAUUCGGGGAUAAAUCGAACCUUCUGUUCCAAGAUUCGACUCGCAACUUCAAAGCUUUAGAUGAAAAGCAGCAAUUUUACACUGAGUUCUUGGGUCGCUACAUGGAUAUUGUCAUGGGAAUUAGGGAUUGUCCUGUUAAUACUAUGACACUUUGCGUUACUUCCGAUGUGGAAAUGGAAAAAUGUACUAAGAUGAAGAUCGCCUUGAAGGCUCAACUUUUGAAGCCCGAGAUGAUUUGCUUCAAGGGAUUCUCUCAGAACGAGUGUAUGAAGUUAAUUCAAGAGGGCAAGGCCGAUGUCACUGUGCUUGAUGCUAGCGACGUAUACACCGGAGGUUUGAAUUACAAUUUGGUGCCGUUCAUAAGCGAAGUUUACAAUUUGGGAAAACCAGAGUAUUACGUUGUUGCCGUUGCUAAAGAGUCUGAUCCAGACACAGAAUUAACGUAUCUCAAAAAUAAAAAUACGUGCCAUGGUGGUAUAAAUACAGCUGCUGGUUGGGUGUAUCCUUUGGCGUACCUCUUGAGCAACGGAUGGAUUAGACCUUACGGCUGCGACAGCAUUCGCGCUGCAGCCGAAUACUUCACCAAGAGCUGCAUUCCAGGAGCUUUAAGCUCCGAUUACAAUACGGGUGUACCAUAUGAUAAUAUGUGCCAUUUGUGCCACGGAACUGCGUACCGGUAUUGCCGAAGGGAUGCUUCCGAAGACUACUAUGGACACACCGGCGCCUUCAGGUGCUUGGUGGAAGGCGGAGGACAUGUGGCAUUCGUGAAACAUACUACAGUGAAUGAAAAUACCGGUGGUAAACGUAAGGAAUGGUGGGCCAGGGAUGCCCUGAUGGAUGAUUUUGAGUUACUGUGCCCCGAUGGCACAAGGGCCGAGGUCACCGAUUACGAGAAGUGCAAUUUGGGUAAAGUAAAGGCGAACGCUAUCGUCACUAGAGGAAGCACCGCCUAUAACGAGACUCAGAUCAACUCUUACAUCAAUCUCUUUCUAUACGCACAAACUUAUUAUGGAAGGAAGAUUCCCGACGAAUUCAGUUUCAGUAUGUUCCAUUCGCCUCCACCGUACACAGAUCUGAUCUUCCAAGAUGCCACCACUCAGCUACAGAUCAUACCAAGGGAAAUGAGAUAUUAUUCCGAUUACCUAGGCAAGGACUUCAUGAGGGCUCGCAGAGUUGUUGAUUGCAGAGCCGGUGCUUCCAAUUUGCAACAAUCUAUAAUCGCCUUGUUAUUUUCAUCUUUAUUCGCGAUGUUGGUUCUACGGCAUUAACAUUUAUAUUAAAAUAGUGUACAAAAAAAACUGUCACAAUUAUUAAAGCAUUUUCUUAGGACCAACAAUUAGCUUGCAUAAAUGCAUGAUAUUAUAUCAAUAGAUUAAGUCUCAUCUGUACAUAAUUUCAUUAUUUUCUCAUAUUUUCUUUGUUUGUUUUUUUAAUUUCUUGUGAUAUAAAAAUAUCCGUCCAUUUUUAU